AUGAAGCCUGCCACCUUAGACAAGGACGCACAUCUGCGUCAGGCCGCGGCUUCUGCUAUUCCACGAAGUUCCGUGGACACAGACCACUGGUGGAGGUACAAGAACCUGCGCACGUUGAACCUGCUCCUGUUUUUCCCCAUGCUGUCGAUCUUCACCCUUGGCUUCGACGGUUCUCUAAUGAACGGUCUUCAGGCUGUUGAGAGAUGGCGAGAAUACUUUGGUGAACCCAAGGGAGCGACUCUCGGCCUCUUCAACUGUGCCUACCCCAUUGGCGGUCUUGUUGCUGUGCCGUUCAUAUCAACAAUCAGCGAUCGUUUUGGCCGAAAAUGGGGAAUAGCAUCCGGAGCCAUCACCUGUUGCGUUGGUGCCGCCCUCCAAGGAGGAGCCCAGAGCCUCGCCAUGUUCGUUGUCGCCCGAGGCAUCAUUGGCGGCGGAUCUGUGCUGAUUCAAGCUGCCGGCUCGCCUCUCAUCACUGAAAUUGCACACCCAAACCAUCGAACGACAGCUACUGCCCUGUUUCAUACCUCGUAUGCGUUAGGUUCGAUUGUGGCGGCCUGGACCACGUUUGGGACCUUCAGGAUAGACUCGACCGCGUCUUGGCGCAUCCCAUCCGCCCUGCAGGGUCUUCCGUCGGUGAUUCAGCUCUUGGGUCUUUGGUUUGUCCCCGAGAGCCCGCGUUGGAUGGUUUCAGCUGGCCGUGAGGAGGACGCUCUUAAGAUGCUAGCCAAGUACCACGCCGAAGGAGACGAGAACGACGCCCUUGUGCAGUUCGAAUUCAACGAGAUCCGAACUGCCUUGUCUUUAGACCAGGAGACGGGGCAGGGAAACUUUAUCCAGAACUACUUGGAGUUUCUACGCACUCCUGGAAACCGUCUGCGUCUCUUUAUCCUCACAUUCUGCGCUUGUUUGGCACAGAUGAGUGGGAACGCCUUCAUCAGUUACUAUCUCGCACCUAUCUUGACAGCCGCCGGUCUGACAACCAGCCUCCAGCAGACGCUGAUUAACGCCACCUCACAGAUGCUGUCCUGGUUCUCCUCGGUUUUUUUCGCUACUCUGCCACAAAAGUUUGGUCGAAGGAUUCUCUUCCUGAGUGCUCUUGUCUGCGUUUUUUGCUGUCUGGUCGCCAUCACCGCAGGAAGUGCCAUGUUUGCAAUUGACCCUCUCAAUAAGUCUGCCGGUUACGCAGUGGUUGCCUUUAUUUACCUAUUCUCACCUGCCUAUAACCUCGGUCUAGGCCCUAACCUGGGCCUCUACGUCACCGAAAUCCUGCCGUAUAACCUGCGACUCCGAGGUAUGGCAGUGUUCCAGUUCUGGAAUUUGGUCUUCAUUACCUUCUCAACACUAGUUAUCCCGAUCGGGUUGGAUAAGAUGGCGUGGAAGUUCUAUAUCAUCUUUGUGGGCUGGGUUUUCGUUGAGUGGGUGGUCGUGUGGUUCGUGUACCCGGAGACCAAGGGACCUUCCCUUGAGGAGAUUGCCAUCAUCUUUGACGGACCCAAGAGCAUCAAAGACCUGGAGAUGGACGAGGGUCGGAAGAGUGAUGCUGUUGGGUCCGCUGAACAUCAGAAUUAA